UCUGCUGAUGGAAAGAACAAGAUAAUUAAUAUCAGCUAUGUCAAAGAGCUUCGCCAUUAGCUCGACCGGCUUCAAUGGAGGUCAGUGCUCCCGCAGGAGCGAGAGCGGACUUUAGAGCUUCCAUUCGCUCCUUGAACGCUGCCAUCGUGUCAGUGUUGCCAAACGUUAGCUGGAUAGUCAAACGUGGGCCGCCGGCCCUCGGUUUCUUGGCCGCU